AUGUCAAAAUACCCAGGCGAGAACACAAACUUGCCCAAAAACAUUUUAGAAUCACUUUCUAAUGUAGGACUUAACCAUCUAGUACCCAAAGAUGGCUUAUCUGCAAUGAUUGAUUCUCCACUCAUAGCUUCUUUAGUACGAUCGAGCGAUUUGGACACAAUCACCUCAUCUACUAUGGGCACAGUACAAACCACUGGUAUCCCCCUGGAUACUAUAGCUCAUAUUAAUCAGGAAAAGCUGGUAUUCAAAAGACCAAAGGCUCUUUCGCACAACGGGAAUACGGAAGGGCAAAAAAAAAGUUUAUUCGAUGGCCUUUCAUCUAUUGCUAAAUCAUGCCUUGAUCUCACCAAUUGUGAGGUUGAAAGUGAGGAUAUAAGGUCUCUGCCUGUCGAGAACAAUCAGAGUAGUGUCAAACGCAAGUAUCUGGAGGAGAAGAAACCAGGGCCAGACACCUGUCUAGACUUGGGAUCAUUUACGGCGAACAAGCGAUCUCAUGUAGGAUCCACAGUCACAGUCAAUAAUCUGGAAUUGGGAGCCCAAUACAUUUCUAACUUACACGGUUUGGUCGAAUGUAUUAAUGAGGGUCCUGCAACAAGUAUGAGCAAGAUCGAGACUUGGAUUCCUGUAGGUGAUAAUAUAUACGUUUUGAGUGAAAAGUUUCUUACCACACUUCAAAUGACACUUAAGAAUAUAGUCGCUAUCCCAAACUCUUGGAAUAAAGUCGAAGUUGAAAUUUUGGUUAAAUUACUUGAAGUUUUGGUUGAAAAUAUUAAGAUUUCAUCCGCAUUUGAACGUCAACGAAGUAAUGAUGUGCUGAGUAGUGUUUCACAUUUAUCAUGCACCGCUAUCUUUAUAAUUCUACAAUCUGAAAACAAUGACAGACGGCUGUUGAAGGAUGAAUAUGUGUUGGCACCCACAAACUUCAUUAAUGAGGCUUUCGAAAACCUGAAGGAAAAGGCAAAAGAUUGUGGAACAGUUAAGGACCAGUUGAUAUCUCUCUGUGGAUCAAUAAGUUCAUUUUCCGGUUUUCUGAAGAAAAGACCAUCCAUCGACGAGGGGUUAAUGACUAGAAUCGUUUAUUCAAUUUGCAACAUGCUAAUGAGCAAUGACUUUGAAUCAUCUGCAAAUUUGCAAGUUCAAACUUAUAAAGAAAACAUAAGAUCUAUAAGCACAGAGAUUCUGGUGACGGUAUUCAGUCUUUUUCCAGAUCAGAGAGAGUUUAUAAUUGAGGAACUAGUCACAAACAUUGAGCGGCUGCCUACGAAGAGGACGCAAAGGCGCUUAAAAAAAAUUGACUCUGAAACUUAUGUCACAGAUUUUACGUUUACAAUAAUAUCUAUGCUUGAGUUACUGAACUCUUAUGAAUCAUGUCGGAGUAUAUCCAAGAACGAUGAGAAUUUCAUUGAUCUAUUAGAAGAAAAAUACAAAAAGAGUAAUCAUUACUUGGAAUAUUACACCAAUCGGAUCAGUGAGACUAUUCUUCACAAAUGUAUCCACAGUUUUGCGAAGCAUCGUCAUUCUUUGGAAAACUAUAUCCAAGAUUUGAUAGCUUUACUCCCAUAUCCAACCUGGUCCCUUUCCCAGUACUUACUUAGCGGUAUAAUGAAAAAACUUCUGCUAGUGCUAAACUCCAGUAAUCAGCAAUCUGCCAAUAUCGAGACAGUUGUUCUGCAAAUGGUAGGAAGUGUGGGUGCAUCCAUUUUUGAUAUCAAAUGUAAGACAUUGCCAAAUCAAGGUAGCAAUUCCAUUCAACUAUGCAACUAUCCCGAUCUCCUUCCUCAAUAUUUGAAUUCUUUUCAGGAAUGCCUUAACUUCACCGUCUUGAAUUCUAGUCGAAGAUCUGCAACAGAAAUCCUCUGGCAUCAAAGACUGGGAGUGCUUCUCAGUUUAUGGGGAUAUACAAAGGAAGAAAAGGAGGAAAACACCAAGGUUGGUCAAUUAAUUAUGGAAAAGAUUGCAAGCAGCUUUGAGAUAUCAGAACUAUCUAAUUACACUGAUAAAAGAAACUGCAAUUUUGGAGACAUUCAAUAUCAUUAUAACUCCGUUCUGCAUACUUUAGAACUCUUGAAUCUUUACGAAGCAUAUUUGAAAACUGUAUUGUGUCUACUGGGAAGUGAGAAGAUAAAGGUCAGAUCAACGGCCAUCAAGUGUCUUUCCAUGCUAGCUAGUAGGGACCAAAAUAUUUUAUCGAGUCCAAGGGUGAAAAACACAAUAGAAAAGGCACUUUCGGAAUCGUCCGCUUCUGUAAUAGACGCAAUUCUAGAUUUGAUCGGCACUGGAUCUUCUUCCGUAGAGUUUUACAAGCAAAUCAAUAUGAACUAUGAUCACGAAAGUAUAUCAGUUAGGAAGCACGUUCUCAGAAUGAACAAAAAGAUAUAUGACGAUUCUAGAGACAGAGAGAUUAAGGUAUUUGUGGCUUCAAAAAUCUUAUUAAAGAUUGAGGAUGAAGAAGAUGCAAUUAUAGAGAUGGCGAAGAGUGUGUUACUUGAGAAAUGGAUAUUACCAAUAGCGAGUGAAGAGUCAUCUGAGGUGCAAGUGGAAAUUUGUAAAGAUGUCAUUUCUGUGAUGUCAGGAGUCUCAAACGUUAAUGAAAAGGGUGCUCAGCAUUUUGAGUGGUUUUUGAAUUUUUUUUUGUUGAAUAAAGCAAUGCAUACACCUGCCAGAUACAAUUCCAUUAUUCGAUGCCUAAAUCAAUUGACGAAUAUUUUGGUCCAGUACAUCGUAGAUGUUCAGGAAACAGACUCCAAAUCGAGGGAACAAGAAGGUGCACGCACAGAUUAUCUCAACCUCUUAGCAAAAUUCAGCGACUGUUAUGUUUCUUUCAUCACUAAAGAUCACAUUAUUGCACUUUAUCCAUAUUUACAUUCUGAUUUCUCAUCCGAUCUCCACUAUUAUAUUCUUCUUGUUUUCAAAAAUACAGUUGAGAACUUGGGAAGCUUCAAGCCGAAAUUUCUUUACGAAUUAGAAACCACACUGCUUAGCAGACUGCCAAGGAUGAACGUAAAAGAAAUUGAUCAAGCAAUGCCUUUAAUAUGGCACGUUUCCAACAAAAGAGGAGAUAUUUCCAGAUUAACAAGGGCAUGCUCUUCCUGCUUUCAGCAUUUAAAUCCAUAUAUCAAGCAGGCAAACAUGCAUACGGUUAUCGCAGUUGAAGGAAAACUUCAACGACUCCUAUAUCUAGCUACUGGAUUUGCUCGAUUUUGCAACUUUGGCGGCAAAAGUCAAAAACCUCAAUUUGUCAAUGACGAUGAAUCAGUUUAUGCAUAUGUAGCCAAGUGCUUACUUGUACUAUCACGAGAAGGAAUACCUCAUCUUAUUAGGAGAAUGGCUAUAAAAAACCUCUCACAGCUUUGCUGCGCGCAUCCUAAGUUGUUUAAUUCGAAGCUAGUAUUAGAGCUUCUUGACAAGGAGCUAGAAGAAGGGCAGAUGGAUGUAAAACUUGUGAUACUGGAGAGUCUUUACGAUUUCUUCACUUUAGAGGAGAGAAAAUCGAUCAAGAAAGUUGGUGUCAAAAGUUCUGUUUCGUCAAAUAAAGCGUUAAAAGCAAAAGUCCUUCACGAAAGAAAGGCAGAAACUGUCAAUGACGGCAUAUGUUCGGCAUUAGUGACUCGGUUUUUAAAAAGCGUACUACAAAUAUGUCUUUUAGAGGACAUAAGAAGCUCAUUGGUUGCAGUGAGGCUACUGAAAUUAGUGUUGCAAUAUGGAUAUACAAACCCAUCGCACUGCAUCCCUACCAUAAUAGCGUUAGUAGGGUCCACGAAUGCAUACAUGAGCUUUGUAGCUGAAGAAAUAAUGAACGAAGUAUUCCAACGAUACGAGACUAUGGUCUUUGCAGGUAUUUCGCAGGGUAUAAAACUUUGCCUUGAGUACUCCAAAACACUAGAGAAAGAAUUUUUCUACAAAAACAAUACGUUCUUGUAUAAGGUGAAAACAAUUGUCGAUAGCGGUAAAAAGUACUCGUCAAAGUUUUUCAAGACCGUUCUAAGAGUUCUCAAAAUCCAUUUUGAUCAUAUUAUGGGCACCCAGUGCGAUAUGGAGACAAAAGAUGCCAUAAUAUUUCUUGUUUCAAAUUUGUGCACGUUUCAAACCAUCACACAACAUGAAAUAGUGCUAUUGCUUUGGGAAAUAGAUUUGGCAUCUGAACAGUUUCGGGAGGCAAUAACCGAUACUUUAGUUGAAAACUCGAAGAAAAAGGCUGAUGAUUCAUUAAUAAAUGUCGCUACAGUUGAAAAAUGCUUACGAGAAGUGAGGUCUUAUCUUAUACUGCUAUAUGGCAUUAAGCCGGAGUCCAUGGUCAAUGUGCAAGAAGAUUUCGAGCUCAAAAAUAAGGAGCUCACAGUUCAGAAUUCAGAAAUGUCUUUCAUUCCUAAUUUGAUUGCAAUGACCAGUGAUCCAAUGAUAGAAGAAAAAUUGACAGAGUAUGAUAAUCAUUCAAAUGCAUGA